GGGCAGUGUCAACAAGCCACAGGAGCAGCACAGCAGCCACUGAACACACACAUAUCAACCUGGGUCAGCGAUCAGGAGAGCCACCAGAGGAAGGAUCAAGAUCUCCCCAUCGAUAUAUAUCUGAGGAAAUUGGAAGUGACCUUUUCUACACUGCCAGACAUCACCGGCUGAGCUUGGAAUCCCAUUUCCUGAUCGAUGCCACAAUUGCUGAAAUUAUAUUUGGAGUCCUGUCUGACCGGUGUGUUACUGAGAAUGUAACUCGAGCCUCUCCCCUGGGGAACUGUAACGUCCAGAAUUUAUAGAACACUUCUGACUCUUCUGUCCUGUAUAUCUGAGUUCUCCUCUGCAGUUACAGCCAUGCCAGCAAAAGCACCCAUAUACCUGAAGCCCACCAAUAAUAAGAAGGGGAAGAAAUGUCGCCUGAGAGAUAUGUUGUCCCCAGACAUGAUCAGUCCACCGCUCGGGGAUUUUCGCCACACCAUUCACAUCGGCAGAGGUGGGGGGAGAGAUGCAUUUGGAGACAUGUCCUUCCUCCAGGGGAAUUAUGAGCUCCUACCAGGGAAGGCAGACGUCCACCCUCAGUAUGGCAUCCAAAGUGAGUUUAUGCGAGCAAACAGCACCGGUGAUGCUUCCUUUGCCGAGACCCCUUCUCCUGUGCUCAAGAACGCCAUCUCCCUCCCGACCAUUGGUGGCUGCCAGGCGCUUACACUUCCCAUGAUCUCCUCCGCUGUGUUCUCCAUGAACCCGGAGCCCUUGGGGGACAUGGUGGGGCCUACACCUCCCAUGAAAUCUGAUAGUGAUGAGGAGGUUGAGAUCCUGCAGAUGGAUGCUUUGUUGCGCUCAAUGGACAUCUUCAGCAGCGAGCCGUUGCCUCCCUCCACAGAUAUCCAGUCGAAGCCUGAUGUCCUCCUGGAUCUGGUGGACAACACAGAUAAGCCAACCUCUAAGGCAGUUGCCAAGGCUAACAAAAUAAACAAAAGUGAAACCCGGUUUGACAAGCCAUCCUUUUACAUCAACAGUCACAGCAACAGCAUCUACAAACCUAACGGAAGCCUGAACAGCAACACAAGCACCGAGAGCUUUGACAGCUUUAACGGUAAAGAGGACUUCAAGACCAAGAUCUGCAAUGGCAGCGGAGGUCUCAAUGGCAAUGGCAACUGCAAUGGCUAUGGACACUUUAACAAUGACAUUACCCUGGGCUUUGAACAGGAGCUCUCCAAGUGCAAUGGAGAGUGGGUGGACAGAGACAGUGGGGUGGAGGAAGGCCGCAUCUGUGAUUUUGAGUUUGAGUUUUCCAAAGAGAAGAGCACAUCACAGGAUUCCCUCGCCCAGAUCACGGGGUCAUUCCUCUCCCUCGAACUCGAUCUGGGCCCAUCCAUCCUGGACGAUGUGCUCAACAUAAUGGAUAAACCUGCAGUGAAGAGCAGGCCUUGAGCUGCAAUGAGGCCCCGAGAGGAGAAAGGGAAUUAUUAAACUAUAGCCAUGAGGAGAGAAAGACUCAAAAAGCAAUCAAAAUGGUGUCUGGAUAUAUCAUUGUGAUGAAAAUGAGCUACAAUAGACAGAGCUGCUUAUGUUUUUAUUGUCAAAACAUAUUACUAUUCUAGCUUCUAUGGAGUGUUGGUUCUUUUUUUUGUUUGCCAUGCCAGCAGCAUGUUCAUGAUGCAUGUGCUAUUGAGUUACAGCUAAAACACAGCCAUUGUGCCUUUUGAUUUUAAAUUACUGUAAAAAUGCUACAUGAUAGAUUUGUGUUCUUAUAUUGAUUUCCACGCUAUAUACAAAAUAACUUAACGAGUAUUGAGGUCCUUUGUUUUUUUCUACACAGUCGUGAGUCUCAGGCUCUCUUUGAACAUAUUGCGUUUUGUGACUAUUACCGUGUUUAACAAAGCACUAUUUUGUUUGUCACAUCAUUCAUUUGCUAUUUCAAACAACAGAACUCUAUGCAGAUUUGUGUUUUUAAAAUUGUAACACAAAUAAAUCAU